GGAGUAACUAUGCAGUCAACUUUUUGCUACCAAAUCUUACUUCCUCACUCUAUGUAAGGCUCAAUUGCAAUCUGCACUGGUGAAUAGUAUAUAAGAUGCUAUGACCAAGCUAUAAUGAGGUCACAAGUACUCUCUCUCGCGUCGCUACGAAGGGCUGCGGGCUCUGUACUCCGCGCUCCCCGUUCUCCCAGCUUCCAACAGCCUGCUCGGUUAGCUGGCAGUAUAUCGCAACGCCCGGGUUCGAGCCAUGUGUCCUUCCCUGGCGCUUUGAAAAGCGCAUUCACCAGCGACCUCAAAUUCGUUGUGCCCUCCGAUUAUCCUGCCUUAGCGACAUACCGAGCGGUCGACCAAGAUGGCAAUAUCGUUGACGAUUCAUUCAAGCCGGAUCUUAGCGAUGAGGAAGUUAUAAAGCUAUAUAGAGAUAUGUUAACCGUCUCAAUAAUGGAUCCGAUUAUGUUCGACGCACAGCGACAGGGUCGUCUAAGCUUUUACAUGGUGUCGGCUGGUGAAGAAGCUAUUAGUGUCGGAUCUGCUUCGGCACUAGACCCGCGAGACGUUAUAUUCUGCCAAUACCGUGAGCAGGGGCUCUUCGUGCAGCGUGGAUAUACCUUAAAAGACUUUAUGAACCAGCUCUUCGCGAAUAAGCACGACCUAGGGAAGGGUAGAAAUAUGCCCGUACAUUACGGAAGUAAAGAACUGAACAUCCAUACAAUUUCAUCGCCUCUAGCUACCCAGAUACCACAGGCUGCUGGGGCUGCGUAUGCCCUUAAAAUGCAACAUAUCAAUGAUCCAACUGUACCUCCCCGCGUGGCUAUAGUCUACUUUGGUGAAGGUGCUGCUAGUGAAGGAGACUUCCAUGCAGCGUUGAAUAUCGCUGCAACACGGUCCUGUCCCGUUAUCUUUAUAUGUCGGAACAAUGGAUACUCUAUCUCGACGCCGACCUUAGAACAAUACCGAGGCGAUGGCAUUGCUAGUCGAGGGAUAGGGUAUGGGAUUGACACUGUGAGAGUGGAUGGGAACGACCUGUGGGCGGUUAGAGAGGUUAUUAAGAAAGCUAGGGAAAUGGCUCUUCAAGAUGGAGGCAAGCCAGUCCUUGUAGAGGCAAUGAGCUAUCGUGUUAGCCACCACAGCACGUCCGAUGAUUCUUUUGCAUAUCGAGCACGAGUGGAGGUUGAAGACUGGAAACGCCGGGACAACCCUAUUGCGAGGCUGCGGAAGUAUAUGGAGGCAAAGGGAUUCUGGGACGAGUCCAAAGAGAAAGAAGCUCGGGAAAGCAUCAGGCGGGAUGUGCUGAAGGCAUUCUCAGAGGCAGAACGAGAGAAGAAGCCACCUAUCCGGACUAUGUUCGAAGACGUUUACGAGGAACUAACCCCUGAUUUGAAAGCCCAAAUGGAGCAGCUGAAGCUCCAUCUUGAGAAGUACCCUGACGAGUACGACUUUGCCGAGUAUGAAGAUGGUAUUAAUAGUUUAAAAUCAUGAGUAAAUUACCACCAUUAGGGGAAUACCCUUCAAUAUAAGAAGCAUUUAUAUUUAAUUAAGAGGUUGCAAAUCCGAUCUUGAUAGCUGCAUUUUGAAAUACUACAGAAUUGCAAAGAAGAUACAAGAAUGACUAUGGAUGUAUGAUAACGAAAUGUGAAAAUUCCUAUCUACUGAUUGGUAGAUGCUGAGAAAUAGCCAACGCUUGUUAGCCACGUCGGACAAAGAAAUGGAGAAUGUCAAAAUUUUUAUAGUAUAUUUUAUAUGAAUUUGCCAAUUAGGUCCAGUUGGGAGAGCAUAGGAACUUCUCUUACUUUGUCAGAUCUACUUAUAUGAAGGAUUUCUAAUAUGUAUCAUGAAUGUGUCAAGUUGUAUGGAAAUUGAGUGUGGAAAGAAAGUAAGAAAAAACCGGUGAUGUCAUCGCUUAACUUAGUGUUGCUUAGGUAAAUAUCGAAGCACAAGCAUUAGGUCAUUAUAAACAUUAACUAAGGAUACAUAGUGGAAUUUAACUUUGACUAUUAACGAUAACAUCAAGAUAAAAAUG